CAAAAGUUUGAAGUAUUUCUGCUUAUUCUGGCAGUCAAUCGUUUCUAAUUCACAACACUUCCUUCUCUUCACAACACAUACUUCCCUUUACAACACCUCCUUCCCUUCGCAAAACACACUUAGUCACGAUGAAGCUCAACUUAUCCCAGGCAGCUGCUAUCCUCGCAUUCUGUGGAGUUGCUACCGCACAAAACUCCCAGAAUGGCCAAGUUAAUGGUCAAGUCAGUGGCCAAGGUAACAUCGUAGCUCAAGGUGCUGCAGGUGCUAACGGCAACGGCGCCGGUGCUGCUGCAGGCGCUGAUAGCAACAUUGCUAUCCUUCAAGGUAACACCAACAACGGUGGUAACGUCCUCGUCAACCAAGGUAAUGCUUCAUACAUUACUCAAAUCGUUAACGCCUACGCCACCUAUUUGCCUGCACCUACCACCAUCACUCACCAGAACUCUGUCGUUACUGUAACACAACCAGGAUGGGUCACCAUCACUGCUUGCCCAACUGGCUGCACCAUCAUCAACAAGGUCGACACACCACCUACUGUGACCCCAGUUGGACCAGUCAUCUCUAAGACAACUGGCCCCGCUUACUCAACUGCCAAUACCACAGCAGUCCAUGUUUCCUCAACUGUCAAGACCACACCAGUCCCUGUUUCUUCAAGUGUCAAGACCACAAUAGUCCCUGUUUCUUCAACUCUCAAGACCACAACAGUCGCUGUUUCCUCAACUGUUCAAACUACUAUUGCCAAAAUCACAACAGCACCUGCUUCCUCUGUAGUUCUAGGUGUCGUCUCCGUUGUCCCUAUUUUCAGAAACGGAACUAUCACUGCCGCUACUGUCCCAGCUGUUGUACUUACCUCAGCUCGUGUCUCCAAUGGAACCGUUGUUGCUACGGCUGAUUCCGCUGGUCAUACUCAAGUCGGUCAAGCUGGUCAAGCUGGUCAAGCUGGUCAAGCCGGUCAAGCCGGUCAAUCUGGAGCAGGUCAAGCAGGUCAAGCCGGUCAAGCUGGUUCCGCUGGUCAAGCUGGUUCCGCUGGUCAAGCUGGUUCCGCUGGUUCCGCUGGUUCCGCUGGUUCCGCUGGUCAGGCAGGUCAAGCUGGUCAAGCCGGUCAAGCCGGUCAAUCUGGAGCAGGUCAAGCUGGUUCUGCAGGUCAAGCUGGUUCUGCAGGUCAAGCUGGAGCAGGUCAAUCUGGAGCUGGCCAAGCCGGUCAAUCUGGAGCAGGUCAAGCUGGUUCUGCAGGUCAAGCUGGAGCUGGCCAAGCCGGUCAAUCUGGAGCAGGUCAAGCUGGUUCUGCCGGUCAAGCUGGAGCUGGUCAAACUGGAGCUGGUCAAACCGGAGCUGGUCAAGCUGGAGCCGGUCAAGCUGGAUCAGGUACAACCUCAUCCAAUGGCCCCAACACUAGCGGCCCAGUCACCUUCCAAGGUGCUGCUUCGGUCAACGGUGUCAGCGCUGCUGCAGCUCUCGCUGCCGUUGCUGCCAUCGCCAUGGCUUUGUAA